CCAUCAAACACAUCCUUAAGGUUUUUUUUGGUUGUGUUCUCAAUGAAGAUGAAAAUAUUUAUCGGUGCUUCCUGUGGACCCCAAGCUGGGGAAAAUGCUAGUAAUGGGUGCUAUUUUCUGUUGCUUUGAUCCCAUAUUGACCAUUGUUGCUGGCCUCAGUGUUAGGGAUCCUUUUCUUUUGCCUCAGGAUAAGAAGGAUUUAGCUGGACAGCAAAGUCAAGAUUUUCAGCCAAGGACUAUAGUGAUCACAUGGCUCUUGUCCGUGCCUAUGAAGGUUGGAAAGAUGCUGAAAGAGAAGGUUCUGCAUAUGAAUAUUGUUGGAGAAACUUCCUUUCUGCUCAAACACUUCAAGCCAUUCAUUCUCUUCGUAAGCAAUUUUCCUUCAUCUUGAGAGAUGCCAGCUUGCUUGAAGAAGAAAAUGCAGCUAAUAAUAAGUUUAGUCACAAUCAAUCAUUAGUCCGUGCAGUCAUAUGCUCUGGUUUAUAUCCUGGAAUUGCAUCCGCACACAGAGAGACAUCAAUGUCUUUCAAGACAAUGGAUGAUGGUCAAGUUUUACUUUAUGCUACAAAGUUGAACGGAACAAACUUUGUUGACUGGCAACGCAAUCUCUCCAUUGUUCUCCGCAUGGAUGAGAAAGAGUAUGUGCUCGAAAAGCCCAUUCCUCCUGCCCCUCCCGCUAACGCCUCGAAAGCGGUUAAAGAUGCUUACGAGAAACAUGUCAAGGAUGACAACCAGAAGGAGCUGGCAACGGACCUGAUCCGGCAGUCGCUCCCUGAGCUGUAUAAGGGUUUUGUCAUGAUCUACAUGAUGCAUGAUCUUGACAAACCUCUUCCGGAGCUUCUUAAAAUGCUCCAGACUGCAGAGGAGAACCUUACUAAGGGCAAGGGUGCUUCCGUCCUUAUGCUCCAAGGCGGAAAGGGGAAGCCGAAGAAGGGGAUUAAGAUUAAGGCUAGGACGGUCGGAAAGCCUAAAUCGAAGUCCACUUCAUCUGCAACCCAGAAACCCGUACGAGGAGUUGCAAAGGGCAAAUGUCAUCACUGGAGGAGAAACUGCAAGACAUACCUCGCAACCAAGAAGAAGGAAGGUACGACCAUUUCUUCUGAGGUGUAUGUUAUAGAAGUUGGUGGUCCCAAAGUGGUGAGAUACAAAGUCUAGAGGGGGGGGGGGGUGAAUAGACUUUGUUACAAAUUUAAAAACUUUUUCGUUUCUUUUGAAAACGUGAAAAUGAGUGUUAAUCUAGAGUUCUUGUGAACUUUAGAUUUUGUGCGGAAUUUGGUGGGUAGAGUGAGCAGUAAUCAAUAUGGAUGUGUUAG